UAUCUCUUGGCUUUUUAUUUCCUUAAGUUAUACCUCAGCAUUGUAGCAACAUCCAUAGAAAAUCGGAAAACGUCGUAUUCUAUCAUAGCUGAUCACCCCAUGGCGUAUUUCUGGGGCCCUCGAAGAGCUUUACGUCUCGCGGCGGUGCUUGCGACGACUGCUUCAGCCACAUAUAUCAGACCGAAUAUCCUGCUCGAGAGAGCCGAUAGCACAUGUGCCGCAAACUUCACGAAAUGCGCAUUAUCCGGGCUGCCGGACAACUUCUGUUGCGAACCGGACACGACGUGUAUAGCCCUGGCUGGCAACACGACGGUAUUAUGCUGCCCGAAAGGCAAGACCUGUAACAAGAUAAAUCCCAUAACAUGCGAUCUCGCGUUACAAGAUCCUGUCACAAAUCCCGAAGCUGAGAUCAAGACGACGGCACUCGAUGGAAUUCUUGAGACGUGCGGGACGGGAACCUGCUGCCCAUUUGGUUAUCAUUGCGAUGGCACGGUAUGUGUGAAGAACACCGACCAGAGCCAGAAACCGGAAACAAACCCGAGCUCCGUAAGCACGACUGUACCGGCUCCUACUUCCUCACCUCCUUCGGCAUCCAAGACGACGACGGUGGCUGUAAGUGAGAUAACGUCCGCCACGCCACCGCCUACGUCGCCCACGCCACCUACCGCUCCAGACACCGACGAGCCAACCAGCGAGCCGAUUACCGAGGCACCAGCGCCGUCGACAACGGGCACAGCUGACACUGUGAAAAUUGUCGGGGGAGUCAUAGGAGGUGUUGUCGGCUUCGUCCUCAUAAUUCUCGCCGUGAUCUUCGCGCGGUACAAGCGCAAGAAGCAGCUCCAGAGGCAGGAUCAAUUGCAGCGCCACGACUCGACGUCGUCCUUCGGCAACAUCAUCAGUGCGCCUGUGCCUCAUGCUAAGUAUCCGAACGAGCGCCUAGACUUUCUAGCGAAGCAACCCCAGUCCGGUUCGCCUCGGAGCUUCACGCCGUCGUCUCCGACGGCCGUAGCAUCGCCCGGUAGCCAUCGGAAGCCCGAUGAGGGAUAUAACGGACUAGGGUUUAUGCCGCCGAACUCGCCUUACUCGCCAUACUCCCGCCGCCCAGAUAGCGAGAUGUCAAACGUACCACGCAGCUACCACGCCUCGGCCGAGAUAGGCGGGCUCCGGAGCUUAACGGGCUGGAAUGCGCAUCAGCAGAACGGCGGCGGCGGCGGCGGCGGGAAGAUUAACAAUUAUUCUUCCGCCCCGGCACCCCAAGUCACCCUAACACCCGCACGGGAUGGUACUAUAAGGGGGAAGAACAAGGGGAAGGGCAAACAAAGGGCUCGAGGCAACGAAGACGAAGACAUGAAUAUUAAUAUCUUUGCGGACCCGCGCACGGUGGCAGACGGCAGGCCAGACAGCUCCGUGACGACGUGGUCGCAUAUCCAGCAGCGGGCUGAUAAUAAUGGCAACGGAACGCCGACCAGGGGCCAAGCAAGGUUGGGAGACGAACUUCCGAGAUGGAGGUGAUAGACCCCAUCGAGCACCACCCUCACAAUACAUACAUACGCAUAGCAAAGCGGGCAUAUUAUAUCUUUUCUCUUUUCCGUCAUCGAAGCUAAGCCAGUUGCUUAUCUUUAUAUUUUCCUUUGUCUUGAUCCAGCAAAAAAUAAUCUAGGAUUCGGGAGGGACGCUUUUAUCAUGAUACCACUGGGGCGGACAGGCAGGCAGGCAGGCAGAAUAAGCCAGGCGGGUUUGCAUUAUACGGCGUUGGGAGGGGGGUUCUUUUGCUUUUUAGAUUUUUAUUUUUUUUCAGUAUCGACGGUACUAUGGUUAGUUUGAAAAGGGGGG